CCCGCGUUUCUGGCUAUAAACUAGCCAAUUUAUCCAAAACAGACAUCCGCACCGCUCCCCGAUCUUGGCCAGAAAUGGAGUGAACCAGCUAGCUGAUAGUGAUCCGCCCACUGCCCCCCGUCCUUGUCCUUGCCCCUCAUCCACGGGGGUCACAUAAUCUCGGCGCGAUAAGAGCGAAAAACUCUACUCAUUUGACAACAAACUACUGCAUUUGCAACGAUUACGGAUUACGGGUGACAUGGCUGAAACUCAAGCCCCAGAAGUUCUGGUCUUUGGCUCGGCCAUCAUAGAUUUUAUAUGUUAUACCCCGCGACUUCCCAAACCAGGGGAAACGCUCCAUGGGCACCGAUUUCAAACGGGUUACGGCGGAAAAGGCGCCAAUCAAUGUGUGGCUGCCGCUCGUCAGGGAUCCCGGACAGCUUUGGUGGCCAAAUUGGGGGCAGACACCUUUGGCGGGGACUACCUCAGGCAGUUGAUUGAGGAGAAGGUCAAUGUGGAGCACGUGCAGCAGCUGGAGGGCCAGACAACGGGCGUGGCUCAAAUAGCAGUAUCUGAUGGAGGGGAAAAUAACAUCAUCAUCGUGGUGGGAGCCAACAGCCAGCUGAGCUCCCGCGAUGUGACUCUGGCUGAAGUUUUAUUCCGCGAAGCCAAGGUUUUGGUUUGCCAGCUGGAGACGCCCGUCGAGGCCACGCUGACCGCCCUGAAAUCCUUCCGAGGCGUUUCCAUUUUGAAUGCGGCCCCGGCAAUGGAGAACACACCACGGGAACUGCUCCGGCUGGCCAGCAUCUUCUGUGUGAACGAAAGCGAGGCGGGUCUAAUGACCCAAAUGGCCAGCAUUGAGACGGUGGAGGAAGCAAGAACCGCCGUUGGGCAGCUUAUAGAGAUGGGUGCCAAUACGGUGAUCAUUACCCUGGGUAAACUGGGUGCUGUCUUUGGAUCGUCAGACUCCAAAGAUGUGUUCCACCAUGUAAAAGCACCGCAUGUGCCGCCCGAGAAAGUGGUGGAUACCACGGGAGCUGGCGAUGCCUUCAUCGGGGCACUGGCUCAUAACAUUGCCCGGUAUCCACAAAACAAGCUGGAGGCUCACAUAGCCGCCGCCUGUGCUGUGGCCUCGCAGUCUGUCCAGUUGCCCGGAACGCAGGCCAGUUUUCCGCGAGCUUAAAGACUUGACUCAGUCCGUACAAUAAAUCUCCAUUUGACCUA